CACUCACAGUGAUUAAAGCAAGUGGGCGGCAGCAGCAACUGGUCUGCCUGUGUGGCUCUGCAUAGCAGACAUGUUUCUCACUGCUAGAUAUUACUCAUUUCCUCAGCCCUUUGCACACACAAACACACACACUCUUGACAUACACACACUCACACACACAACAGACACAGAGACGGAUAGCAGGUUUUCAGUUCUUUCCCUCAGUUUGGUGGGCUCGCUGGUGUUAUUUCAUGCGUACAGAGAUCAGAGGCAGUGUGUAGCUGGAGGCUGCUGAUAUCUGCGGGUGCUGUAACUGGCGGUGGUUCUGUAGAGAAGCAGUGUAGCACAGUGAGGAGCUGAGGAGUGGGUUGACCCUCUGGGAGGACUGGAAUAUGAAUGACUGCCAACACUGGGACAUCUACUCAGCCCGCACUAAGGUGAGUGCUGCUUCAGUACAAAGGAAUCAACAGUGAUCUGACAGUGAUGCUGUGUAGCAGCCUUCCCCUCUGUCUGCGGCCCCCGUUCUCCCGUGAGGCCCAUGUGACCUAGCCUACACCCACACACAGGGGGCCCCCUCUGCCGCUGGAGCCCACCCAUGAAUCCCAGCCCCGACCGCGGCAAAGAGUGCCUCCCUCCCAAGAAGAGGGAGUCUCGGCAAGGAUCGACAGAACACCACGUCCCUUUGGAUGAGUUUAAACCCCCUGUGCCGCUCCGGAGUCGGUCCAGCACAGGGGGAGGAGAGGGAGGCAGGGAGGCCAGUGACAGGGAUCGAGCUCUGAUUAACCCAAACCCCCAUCUCCUACAUACUCCUCCACCUCUUCCUGCUCCAGCACCAGGCCUCCCCCUGCCCCUACCAUGGCACCUGAGUUACUCUCCCUCUGUCUCUCUCCCCCUUUUUCCAGGACAAGUUGGCGAGAGGAGGGGCUCAGGGUCUCCCGCCUGGAGAGAUGAUCCUCUCCCCUCACCCCUGCCCCACCACUCCAGGUGGCUUAGAGGGGAAGGGCCCCUCUCCUUGCCACCUUCCCCAUCUUCCUCCUCUGCCUCUUCCUUUAAGACUCCCUUCCCAGCUGAUUCUAGAGAGAUAUGGUCCUACAUUAACAGCGGCCGGCGGGACAACAGCUCCUCUCUCUUCUCCCCUUCGUACUUGUUUAGUCACCACUCCCUCUACCCUCAAGAGCCAAGCUUAGUUGAAGCCAGACACAGGUACCUGGGCAAGAGGCCCAACGGCCUGGAUGGGCCAGGCAGCAGGACUGCCUCAACCUCCAGGCCUCUGCUCACAGGAGAAUAUGGGAACGAUAGCAGCAGAACCAGACUGGACGUCAGUCCACACAGCUCACAUACCAAUGGUGGACGGAGACAGCAGGAAGAUCUAACAUCCCGUGUCCAUUCUUGUGGGCCAUUUUUGUCAGACUCACAAGCUCAGGAGGGCUCUGAGCCACAUUCCUCACUGCAGGACAGACAUCUGCAUGGGAUAGCUAAGACCAGCUCUAAUUUACUCUCCACCAGUCCCCAUCCCCUGGGACUAGUCCCCAGGGCAGGUAGAGGGGGGCUAUUGGACACUCUUGGGGCCACACCAGCUGAAGCCCAGAUAUACUACUCCUUGGGAUCAGUGUGUCACCCCAGCCCUCAGGCCCAAGCCUACCCACUCUACAGCCCCUCAGGAACACCUCUGUACAACCUGCACAGGGAGCCAGGCCCCAGGCAGCACAAUCUAAGGAACUCACCACACUCACCCCUGGGUCUGCCUAACAACCAUGACAGGUCGCAAAGAGACCGGGACAGAGACCGGGACAGAGACAGGGACAGAGACCAAGAAAGAGACAGAGAAAAAGUCCUACAAAGGGACAGGGAGCGAUGUAAAGACAAAGACAAAGAAAAGCACCUACAACAUGACAAAGACCAAGAAAGAGAAAGUGAGCGCGAGAGACGAAGGGACAGAGAAAGAGACAGAGGGAGAGAUUCAUCUCCUUCUCAUCUUCACACCUCACCGCCAGCCCUUCACCCAUCUCCCCCUGCGCUCCUACCUCACUUCACCAAGGGUUCUCUGAUUGAGUUGGCCAGCGGGCGGUUGAAGCGAGUGGAGGAGCUGCGAACCGAGGACUUCCUGAGGAGUGCAGAUACCUCCCCAGAGUUCCACCUCAGCACCUGCACUGUGCUGCUGAUUUCCCCCAGCAGUACACAGGGCUUCAGCCACCUGCAAGUCCACCUCACAGACCUCAACACUCAGGAGUUACUGAAGGUCUUGGUGGAGUAUCCAUUCUUUGUGCAGGACCGAGGCUGGUCUUCUUGCUGUCCCCAGAGAACCUCCCAGCUGUAUGGCCUGCCCUGCCGCCAGCUCAUGGAGGGGGAUGUCUGCCUGGCUCUAACCCCCACACCCACCCAAACCCACCGGACACACACACGUACCGGCUCCAGGGCGCAUCGCACGCAACUCCACUCCAGGGCCGCCGGAGAGUCCAGCAGCUCGCACAGGGAGGAGAUGCCACCUCCACCUCCUCCCCCUCCUCUUCCUCUUCCUCACCACCCACCUCCUACGGUGCCGGCCCCUCCACGCACUCUGGCCGCAGAGCCUCCUGUUCCGGAGCAGCCCCGUCCACGCAAACGCCGCUGGUCUGCCCCGGACACCCUUCCCUCAACCGGAAGCGAUGCUCCUGGCCUCCUGGAUUUACCUCAUGGCUCCAAGCUAAUGAAGUGGCAGUAGAAACUUGGAAAUGCAUAUGUAUACAUGCAUACUUACACACACACAUAAGCACAUACACACCCUCCUUGUCUCUGUUGCACCCACCAAGACAAACAAUGGAGAGACCUCAAGGCAGGGUUGCAGGGAAGGAAUAAAAAACAAUAGAAAACACAAUUUACGGGUGUCCACACUGCUGCCCAAAUAUUAACCUCGUCCACCCUAGUCUAGCCCUUACUGCACCCAUCCUUCCUUUUCCUUUCCCUUCCUUCCCUCCCCUUAACCUUACUUAGCACAACCCUGAAAGGAGCAGCAGCUGAAGGAUCUCUGGAUGGCUCCUUACAGACACACUGAAGACAUUUAGUGAGACAAUCAAGCACUUGUCUGUGUUCACUCUGUUUUUGUAAUGGUUGUCCCACACACCUACUUACUGACAGUGUUUUCUGCAGGGUAUCAAUUUUCAAUCAGUGUUAUGAAAGUAAACGCUAUUGAAGAAGUGCAGAUAUAUAUGAACAAAAGUUGAAUAUAUAUAUUACAUUACAGAUGUUAUAUACAGUAAAUAUGCUAAACAGAUUUAAUGCAAUCUCUGUCAAUUUUGCAAUGCAUUUUCUUUUUUUAUUUUUAUUUUCUUGCUUCUGAGCCGAUGUCUACAUGUCGGCCUGGGCAGGCAAGGUGAAUGUAUGAGCAACUCUUCGCCUUUUUUAUUCUAAUCACUGGGAGUCAUUUCAAACAAUUGUUCGUCAAGGCAUUACCCUCCAAUAUGUUCUUAACAUUAUCUCUGAGAAAGGGAGAACACUAAUGAAAACUGCGUAACAGACAAUCCCACCCACACAGACAGGUCUGUGACACAUCGCCUCGACACUCAUGGUGUUUUUCCAUUAAAAACUGAAUGAUGGAAAGAGUAAAAAGUGCAGUACGGCUGAAGAGUAAUGGUGCUAAUAACACGUUGGAACAUGAUGCUUUGUGAAUACUCUUGACCCCUGUGUACUGUACGCUUCUGUUCCCAUCUCAUUUUUUACGUACUGUAUAUGUUUGAAGGCAGGGAAAAUGAUGAAAGUAUUUUAAACUCAGAUACGGGUAUCUCCUCUGAUUCAGCACACUCUCUCACUUUAGUUUUUGUGUUUGUUUUUUUUUUAUUUUCAAAAAGAAAACCUUACUUGUUGAUUUUUCUUUUUAAAUGUUAUAGCUACAAAAAUGUAUAUUUUUAAAAAUUGUGAAUCUGUUAAAUGAUGUUCGCUAGAAAUAAAGGAAAAAAGCUUUAUAGA